CUGGCGCGGCGGCGGGCGGAGGGAUCUGCGUGCUGUUCAGCGCUUCAGGCCGGAACUGCUGUAGAGGCCGCGAAGGAUGCUGAGCUGCGACUUGGCAAACUGAAACAUGACUGAUACAGAUGAAUCCCAUGCUUCUGGCUCUGAUUACCCUGAUGCCCAAGAGCUGAUCAGCCAUCAGCAGAGGGAGCCAUCUGAGGUGUAUUCAUGGCAAAGGAAUACAGGAACACAGUGUUCGGAGUCAAGGCAGAAAACGGCUGCUCUUGGGGAGUCUUCAGAUCAUCCUAAUAGCAUGUCUAAAUCAUCAGCAGCUUCAGCUGAGGUUUUACUGAUUAGCAGUGAUUCAGAAACUGAUGUCUCUGCUUAUCCUGAGUGCUCCAUUGCACCUUCAAAGCAGAAAAGGAGAUAUCAGUAUUCAAGGCAACAAGCUGAACCUGUUACAGGAGUACCUGACAAUGAAAGCUCCUCAGAUUCUUCUCUGUCUCCCCAAAGUCCAGCGAAAUCAUUGGAAGGUUCCAAGCAGCAGAAGUCAAAACUCAAUUUGAAGGCCAUUUUUGCCUAUCACUUCAGGGGAAGGAAGUUCAAAGCAGCUGCACACCGAAAAUACAAAAUUCACUCAAAGAAGAGCAAGAAAAAGUAUAAGAGCACACAGAUGCCCACAGGGAGGCCCCCACUAACAGCCUCACCUCAGGAACAAAAAAGGAGGCUUUUAGACAGAGGUUUUCAAUUCCCUUUUGUUGAAGAACAUUAUGGGAAGAAACAUAUUCCCUUAAAGAUGGUUCUUGGCUAUGAGCAAGCAGCUGCAAAGGGAUUUUUCAAGUAUAUUGAAGUGCUUAAAUAUGAGGAGCAUCUUAAAAAAGCUUUAAAAGCCCUUCAGGCCAGUGACGACUUAGAAAAAGAGUGUGUGGUGUUACGGAAACACAAAUACUUAGAUGAUGAAGGCCCCAUUUCCCCUAUUCAGGAGACAGGUGAUGAUGAGGACAGCUUGAAUUCUGAUACUCAGGAACAACUUGAUGCCAGAGUAGUGGAGAACAGCUCUUUCAUUCUAAGUAGCACAAUUCCCAGUAAAAAAAAGUCAAAGCCAGGAGGAAAACGUGCAAAACCACCUGAAGUGAUUGAAAUAGUGGAUGAAGAAGAUGGUGCUGAAGACAACUCCGUGCCUCUGCAAUGCUCACCUUGGUGAAAAGCAGACAAACAAAUGAAGUGGCAAUGGUUGUUCUUCAGAUGCCUCUUUCAUGAACCUCUUUGGUUUAAAACAUUGGUCGGGAGUCAAUUUUGAGCUCUCCACACAGCUGCCUAGGCAUGUUUGGCUUACUUUUGUUGCUUUUGGAAGAUGAAAUACCUCAUGGUUUUCUUGCUGCACAAGGUAGAGAACUGCACUAGGAAGCACAUUGGGUUGUUCUGAGGAGGGUAUGUGAGAUUCUGAAUUCCUCACCACAAUUACCUGGGUUCAUGCUAUACCUGUCUCUAGAACUGGAAGUGGUGGUAACUCAGUUUCCUCUACUGCUAACAAUGAGCACACACACUGCAGCAGCAGUUGUAACUUCUUGGGGAUCUCUUGAAUUCUUAGGGCUGUUUGCUGACCUUUUGAUUCAUGAAUCCCUUACUUGAGUGGACAUCUGUGCAACAUGGUAGCAAAAGAGGGGCAUUCCUGUGAUGUGUGGAACAGAUUGGAAAACCUCUACUCAAGUGAAGUGCACCUGAAGUCCAGUCUGAACUAGCAUCUUGUGCUGUUUCAGAAAACAUGAGAGCUUAUCUUGCCCAGACUUGAGAAUGCUGUGAGAAAAUUGUUGUGAUGAUUGGCAAAAUGUUCAACUGCUCUGAAGAGAGUCCUUAGAGAAAGUGAAGGAAGAAAUACAGGAUGCCAUUUCACAGAAGUCUGAAGCCGAUUUGAGGGUUAGUGUGACAUAUGAAGUUCUGCCUAUACCUGAAUGAGGCGCUCUGGUUGUCAGUUAGGCCAGAAGCCUCUCAGACCAAGCUUACUAAUUUGUGAAAGUUUCAGGGACUGUGUUGUCAACAUUACUCUACUGUAUCUUAAUGGUUCAUUCAUUCUAUUAUGGGAAGAAUUUGUUCUAAGUGAAGUUUGCCCAAAGAAUAUUCAUAUUGAUUUCUCAGCAGGUGCAUCCAAUUCUUUCUAACCAGGUGCCUGAGGAUACAGAACAGAGUGAACUGCCCUGAGUUAAAAAAAUGGAAGCAACCUGUUUGACAGGGUCUGCUGCCAAGUUGCUGUGUGUCAGAGGCAUGAGAAAACACCACGUGGGAGCUACAAAAAUCCUGGUGAUGUUGCUGUAAGCCUGCUGCAAAGAAUAGCACAGCUGUUCCAAAUGAAGAACCUUCUCUAGAGUGUUCACUGUAGUUUAUUUGGAAUUAAACAUUCAUUUUAAUAGUGCU